UGUGAUGCACAGCUGGUGAGGGAAGCAAGGAUGCUGCCUGCAGAGAACAUCGUCUGCUGCCGUGGUUACCUUCUUAACCCGCAUGAUCUGCUGAACUUCCUUCACAAGUAGUCUGGAAAAGCCAUGGAGGCCAAACCGCAGGAGGUGGGACCUCGAAACCGACUCCACCCGGCCGGCCGUCUGCAUGUGGUCCACUGAGAGCAUGGAGCCCGAGAAAGCUCACACCCAGAGCAGCUUCUUCCACAAGGUGGACGUACCCGACCACGCUCACUACAUCGUGGCCGUGUUUGUCUUGGUGAUCGGGACUCUGGGCAUCACAGGAAAUGCGCUGGUGAUGUUCGCUUUUUACAGCAACAAAAAACUCCGUAGCCUGCCCAACUACUUCAUCAUGAACCUGGCUGUCAGUGACUUCCUCAUGGCCUUCACACAGUCGCCCAUCUUCUUCAUCAACUGCCUGUACAAAGAAUGGGUCUUUGGAGAAAUGGGCUGUAAAAUGUACGCUUUCUGCGGCGCCUUAUUCGGCAUCGCGUCCAUGAUAAACCUCCUGGCUAUCUCCAUCGACCGCUACCUGGUGAUCACCAAGCCGCUGAAGGUCAUCCACUGGAGCUCCAAGCGAAGGACCACACUGGCGAUUGUCAUGGUCUGGUUGUAUUCUCUGGCCUGGAGUCUGGCUCCGCUUGUAGGAUGGAGUUCUUACAUCCCUGAGGGCCUGAUGACAUCAUGCACGUGGGACUACAUCACAUACACAGUGGCCAACAGGAGCUACACGAUGAUGCUGUGUUGUUUUGUGUUCUUCAUCCCGCUCUUGAUCAUUUUCUACUGCUACCUCUUCAUGUUUCUGGCUGUCAGGGAAACGAGCAGGGAGGUAGACAGGCUGGGAACCCAAGUGAGGAAAUCCACAUUAAUCAAGCAGAAAUCCAUCAAGAGUGAGUGGAAGCUGGCAAAAAUCGCCUUUGUGGUCAUUGUGGUUUAUGUCCUCUCUUGGUCGCCGUACGCCUGUGUCACACUGAUUUCCUGGUCUGGGCAUGCCAACAUCCUAUCGCCGUACUCCAAAGCCGUACCUGCAAUCAUCGCAAAAGCCUCCACUAUCUACAAUCCUAUCAUCUACGCCAUCAUUCACAAUAAAUACAGGAUGACCCUGGCCGAGAAGUUUCCCUGUUUGUGGUUUCUGUCUCCCGCCCCUCGGAAGGAGUGCAUCUCCUCCUCCAUCAGUGAGUCAUCCUUCAGGGACUCCGUCAUCAGUCGCCAGUCAACGGCGUCCAGGACUCACUGCAUUAGCACAUCCUUCAAACACGCCGACACGGUACUGAGGGGUGUGGAGAUGGCACCUUUGGGUAGGAGGUCCGGUGAUUCCUUCAGGAGCGUGUCGUCCUACCAUCAACCCAGCAGAGUCAAUUCUUUCAGGAGGCAAUCCGAGCGGAAUGCCACCCAUAAAGUGGAGAAGCAUCCAUGUAUUGGUGACUCAUCCAGCAGCUGUGAGCAUGAACUGGUUUCUAGCACUCUCACCAGUGCCACUCUCCCAUUACUAGUUCUUACCAGGAGGCGGAGUCGCAGUCUGACCCAUAAGAACUCAUGGAAGGACCCUGAUAGGCCGCGCGGCUACAAGAGCAGCUCGGCCGACUCCCUUAGCGUCGGAAGAGUCCCGGCUGCUGAGUCGCAGACGAAACAGGACGUCCCUCACAUUGUCGUCAUAAGUCCCACGUCUGAAAGCAGACUGGCUCACCAGGAUAGCCUCUGCUUGGAGGAGGUGAUGGGGAGCAACGCUUUUGUCAGCCUCAACUUCUCAUCAGAGGUCUUGGAGGCGGUGGAGUUGCUAUCCUGACCUAACCCCGUUUUCGGCUCUUUUCCACUCCUAUGGUCUUACACUAUACUGUCACUGCGACUGGCAACAUUUUCAUGGCCGAGGACCUUUGUAGGGAGGAAAAAGCCUGACCAGAAACUGCUGACUUGGGCAAAAAUGUAUCCUACUGUACAUCCUGGAGAAGAACUGGUUCAUGUCAAGCGAAGCCAUGAAUUGGUCCGGUUUCAGUUAAUCCCCUGGACUGAGUUUGUGGGAUUGGUUCCCUCCCUGGUCGUCACCAGGUGGCGCAACACCUUCAUCACGCACAAGACGUUUGGUUAAGAUCUGACCUUGUGGAUCUGAGUUGUGUUCAAGUUUGACAUUAAUCAGAUCCAGUAGCGUCAUUAGGGCCUAUUUUAGGGGGGCUUCAGCACCCUGUUAUUUGUUUUUUUGGAUUUUUUAAAAAUGUAUACUACAUUCAUUCAUAUUCUGUGCAUCUCCAGGGAACUGAGCCCCCCCCGUCCUAAGAAUCUAGUGACGCCCCUGAUGCCUCAGAUCAAUGGACUUGAAGGAGUUUGAGUCACAUCCCAAAUGUCAUCCCCCUUGAGAUGCACAGGAUAUGAAUGAAUGUAUAGACAUUCAAAAAAAAAUCAAAAAAUCCCCCCAAAAAAUAAGGAACAAGAACCGGGAUAUAACUUUCCCACUUUUGGACAAAUUUAGUAGAGAUACUCAAUAGUUUUAGGCCACCAUUACAUUUACACAAAUACACACAAUCUACACUGCAAAAACCAAUAGACAGUGAUCAAUUACAUAAUAUUCAUUAUUAUAUUAUUAAUUACACUAUUAUUAUUACUACCACCAUUAUUCUUCUUCUGAUUAUUAACAAAAAAGAAAAUAAAUUGUAAUUUUUUUAAAUUACUUUGAGGAAAACCUCACAAUGUGAUGACAAUAAAGACAGUAAAUAUUAUUGGUAAUUAAUUAAUAUAAUUAAGAAAAAAUAUUAUAUAUAUAUAUAAAUAAAUAAUAAUAUUUAUAUAUAAAUAAAAAACAUCUGAAUAACAAGAUAUUAUAUUAUAUAAUAAUAAUAAUAAUAAUAAUAAUAAUAAUAAUAAUAAUAAUAAUAAUAAUAAUAAUAAUAAUAAUAAUAAUAAUAAUAAUAAUAAUAAUAAUAAUAAUAAUAAUAAUAAUAAUAGAUUUUAUUUGUAUAGCGCUUUUCAAAAUACUCAAAGACACUUUACAGAAGAAUGGAGUUGAAUAAAAGCAAGUAAACAGAGUAGAAGACACACCAUAAUACAACAUUCAUUCGUUAAUACACAGUUAAAACAUGAGAAAAAGCGGGGCGGGGCACAUAUAUAUACAUAUAUGCAUAUAUAUAUAUAUAUAUUAUAAUAUUAACAAGAAAGACCUUUUAUGAGAAUAAAAUUUAAAUAUCAAUUUUUGAUCAAUUUGGUCAAAUUGAUCAAUUAUAUAAUAAUCAUUAUUAUAUUAUUAAUUAGCCUAUUGUUAUUAUUAUCAUCAUUAUUCUUCUUCUGAUUACUACUACUACUACUACUAAUAGUAUUAGGCUAGUAUUAGCCUGCUUAUUGGCUUGCUUAUUAGCCUGUUUUGCCCUAUUAUAUAAAAUUUGUCAUUUUUUAGUAAAAAAAAAAAUUAUAAAAAAUAUCAAAUUAUUUAGUGGGGGGUUUAAGAACAUUUUACGGGGGACUGAAGUGCCCCUAAAAUAGGCCUAAUGAUGCCACUGUAUAAAAAACAGGAUUGGCAAUCUUUAUUUGAAGCUGUAUUUUUUCCAACGAUGGAGCAUUUUCCAUGCAGAAGGAUUCUAAUGGUAAAAUGUACAAUGUCUUGUUGUUAUUGCUGCUUUUGCCAGAAUGGACUUUUCAGGUAGACAGUCAUUAGUAGGUUGAUACGGAAAUUAAUUUCACUCCAAUGUUGUGCCCGUCGUGUGGAUACUGUACACAAAAUCUCCAUAAAUCCUUUACAUAUGCAGUAAAAACACUAAUUGUGUUUUUUUUUAUAUACUUAACAGCCUUUUAGCAUAGCAAAAUCCCACAGAGAAAUCCUGAACCCACUCUUGAGACCAAACAGAUGAUGCUCUAUAUUCAUCCAAAAAAAAAUGCAGUUUUGACCUCCAUUCUUCCUGCUUCUAUCGCAUGUAAUGACAGCAACAUACCACUAGAGGCCGGUAAUAAACCAAGUGUAGCAUAUAAUUUCCGGUUUAUUUCACAUAUUUAUAGUAAAUGACAAAUAUAUACAUAUAUAUAGCUGUCUAAUAUAACACUUGAUCAUUUGCAGGAGUAAGUAAUUAUAUUAUAUUAAGUCCAUGAUAUUAUCCAUAAUAUUAAGUUUAGCUGCGUCCAAAUGAUUACAUUUUGUUACAAUAUUAAUCAGAGUAAAGUAAUGCUAACUAGCAUGGUUAGUUGCGUCUAAAAUAACUUCAAUUCGGGUGACUAUUGUAUCCAGAAAUCAACGGUAAACAUUUUUUUAAAAGGCUAGUAAGCAUUUUAUAGCUAAAGUAAUCGUUCUAACACACAUUUCAAGCUUUAAAAAAACGACCGUUUUCCUGGUUUGUGACGUCACUCCUAAAACAUGGCGUCACCUUUCACACCCCAAGGAGGAAAAACACCAAGGUAAGUCAAAAUGGUUCCAAUGAAAUGUUUCCUUGUAAUUUUUUUUAAUUUAACUGUGGUAUCUUGCCCAAUUAUUAACGUCGGGCAAACGUCAAGGUAAUAUGAUUUUUUUUUUUAACUGCUGUUUUGUUGUGUUACAUUGUGUCAACAGUGUGUGUGUGUUGGGGGUGUAGUGUAUGUUGAUGUU